ACAUGCGUCUAUGAUAGGCAGUUACAGAGACUUUCUUCACAGACUGCGGCUCCAAAGCAACAUUGACAACAUCUAAUGAGGCUUCUACAUGGAUAACACCAUCAAAUUUGAGCCUUGAAGACAGACACAACUUGGACGUGAACGCAGAGUAGUUCUUUGUACUGUGGGUGAUACAUUUCCCUUGGAUUUUACCUUUAGUUGCCUCAGUGGACGAUGACUUCCAGACGACCAAUGACCCGCACUUACUCUGGCAGUGGGAGGACAAGCAGCUUCAGUGAAGAGGAGGGCAGCUCUUCCAAUGGCCGCUCGGAAAGCCGCAAUCCUUACCUCUCGAAUGUUAGGCCUGAAAACAGCUAUUCAAGGUAUUCUCACUACAGGCCACCGAGGAGCACUUUGUGCAGCGUCAUGGCCCAACUGACCGAGGACAUACAGCCGUCCUUUGAGACCACCUUGAAAUCAAAGGCAGUUUCAGAAAACUGCAAUGUGAAGUUCUCCUGUGUGGUAUCAGGUUACCCAGCUCCAGAACUGAAAUGGUAUAAGGAUGAUAUGGAAAUGGACCGUUACUGUGGACUCCCAAAAUAUGAAAUUCAUCGUAAUGGAAAAACCCACACCCUCCAUAUUUACAAAUGCACACUGGAUGAUGCAGCCAUCUAUCAGGUUUCAGCUAGCAAUAGCAAAGGUAUUGUCUCCUGCUCAGGAGUUUUGGAGGUUGGCACCAUGAAUGAGUACAAGAUCCACCAGAGGUUCUUUGAAAAGCUGAAGCAGAAAGCAGAAAAGAAGAAGAGCGAACUGGAGGAGAACACUAAGAACGGGGGUAAAGAAAACAUUGAGAAAGAGAAACUGCAAAGUAGCCCUGAGCGUCCUCCAAGGAAGAGGCAUGUCCCCCCGCUGGAGAGGAAGCCAGCGGUCAAGGAGCCUGAGGCUGAACAACUGGGAGCUGCUGCAGAACCUAAUGGACCUGUGACAUCCCAAGUCUCAGAGAAGAAGAUAUCUCCACCUGAGGAAACCUUGGCAAAAAAGAAACUAAAGAUCACAAAUGGUGUAGAUGCUGAGGUUAAUAACAGCAGUAGCAGCAAAGGCAGCUGCAGCAGAACCAAUAUGAUGGGUAUUGGAGGAGAAAACUGCUAUGAUGGAGGAAUCGGUUUGGCACAAUUCCUGGCAGAGACUCUCCAGUCCCAGGCUGUAGAGGAGAAACAGAGCUCAUCGAAAGGGGAAACCCCUAAAGAGAUGGAUAUAACUACUGUACGUGUCAGUAAAGAGAGAGAGAUUGUGCAAACAUUGAGGGAAGAACAAGAAAAAGAGGAAGAUUAUGUCAGGGAGAAGAAGAGAGCAGAAGAACUGGCCACAGAGAGGGACAAAGAAAAGGAAAGGCUGUUGGAGAUGUCACACACAGUACCUAACACAAAACAUGGUUCACACGCCAAACAUCACAAUAAGGUUCAUAAGGAUCACGACCAUCACAACAUCCAGACUUCCUUAACCUCUGUGCUUCACUCAGUCAAAGAUUUCUUCUUUGGUAAGAGCAAAAAGGACUCUCAUGAUCACGUUGAAAACAAGGAGAGGGAGCUCGACCCUUACCCUGUCUCAACGCCACCAUCAUUUCGGUUGCAACCGGAGCAGAACCAAGUGUGCAAGUCUCUCAAAGAGGACUUUGUACCUAUGGAAAUAGAUCAACCAAAGCAGCCUUCUAAAACUGUGGAUAUAGAACAACAGUCAACGUCACUGAAGCCGCAUGAACACAAGCAUGAAGACAUUGUUCAACACACAGUCCAUCCACCAGAACACAAGUUACCACCUGAGAGCAUAGACCUGCCCAGGGGGGAGAGUGUGAACGCACAUGACAGUCCUAUGGAGGUCAUGGAGGUGUCUGUGGGUCAAAAGAUCAUUGGUCCAGGUGAAGAAAUGUCAUUAUCUGGGCUUCAAGUUCUUACUGAGGCUGACGAGAAAGAUUCUCGGAUAGUAUCAGCUAUCAAAGAGGACUUUGUUCACCAGCAGGAGCCAGAACACCUGGUAGUGUCACCACAACCUUAUCACCACGCUUCAAGAGAUGAGCCCUCACCUAAGGAUGAAACAUCAAUUUUGCUACAGACCAAUGCUCCUUAUGGAGAGGAACACUCCCCCACACCCACACCCACUAGUUUGGGAAAGAGCUGCACUCCCCCUUCCAAUCUUAUCUCAGUGUCAAACAGCCAAAGCCUUGGUAAAGCAUCCUGUAAAACGUUACGGGAAGAGAAGACAAGCAGUGCAAAGAUGGACAAAGAACCUGACUCAGAGGAGGACCCUUCCUCCGAUAAGUCAUGUGAGGAUGAGAAAGCUGAAGUGAAAUCAUACGAACAGCCUUGCUUGGAUAUAAACAGAUCUGAGAAUACCAAAUUAAGAACAGGUUCACUGGAAGAGAGAAUAGAACCAUGUCUAUCUGAAACGCCGGAUCAGGUGCUUUCACCUCUCCCUGCUGUGGCUACAGACAGUGUAGAUAAAGAUAAGGUUGAAGAACAGACAGAAUGUACUUCACUUAUUCAGGAAAUGAAUGUAGGAUUUCCGUUUACUGAAGCCCCAGAGAGUUUAGAGAAGGGUGACCUAAAAAUGCAACAAGAAUGCACUUCUUCUGUAGUAGAGGGGAGCACUAAAACCCACAAUGCCAGUGCAAUACAGAGUUUAAACACAGGUUUGAGAAGCAGUGAAGAGGAAAAGAAAUUGAAAGAGGUUUUGAAUGCUGCUUUAGAUUCAGAAGUGAAGUGUUGUGAAAAUCUUAAAACACAAGAUAUGGAGGCAAUUUUAGAAAAUGAGAGCAAUGAAGCAAUGAAUGAGAGUGUAAUGUUAGAAGUGAAGACUGAGAAGAUAAAGCCAGUGAAAGUAGAUGAGUUUGAUGAAUCAAACAGCUUUUUAGUAACAGAGAACAAGAAAGGUAUUGCUUUUAUCUCAGAGAAACACAGCAUUGAAGUUGGCUGUGUAAUUCAGAAGGGUCAACCUCCACUGAAGAUCCCAGAGAUCCAAAUAUCUACAAUUGAAGACACCCCAGAUUUAAAUCCAACUGUGGCAGGCGUAAACCCAAUUGAACAUUUUAUAAUUCCAAUAAUUGAAAUAAUGGAGCCUGAGCUCAAAGAGCUUCCUCUAGCUAUUUUGACACCAAACAAGAAAGAAUCAGAGCCUCCUACUUUGCAAAAACAUGAUACAACUCAUGUGUCUGACGUUAUAGAGCAGAAUGUGGAUAACUGUCCAAGUUUGCUGCCCACACAGAAAAGUAUGCAAAAUGAUAGCAACCCCUCACUUACAGAUGAGUAAAAAAUUGCGCAAUUAGAUGACAAGACAAAUAUAUUUGAGCAGGAGCCAGCACACAAGAAGAGCAGCGAACAGCUCCCUCAGAUGAAUCAUGCAUCAAUUCCUGUUAUAAGUGUUUCAUGCACUGAGGACGAAGUGUGUGUAAAGGCAAGGCAGCCUGUUGAUACUCCAACGUUGCCUUUGUUUGUGGUGCCACCAAUCUCAGUCACUUGUCAUGAAAAUGAUUCUGGACUCACACUGCCCAUGCAAAGUGGGUGGAUAGAAACAGAAACUUCAGCUGCGCCGCAAAGGGGAACCAGGAAUGAUGACAAUAAUACCACUGCAGCUGAAAAAACUCAAAGAGGCAAGCAGAACCAAGUAGAAACUACAGAAAAGGGUAUUAAAGAAAACACUCCCUCUAUGCCAUAUGAAGCUCUGAUACCAAAGGUUGGUGACUAUGUGCCAUCUUUCAGUAACGUAGCAGAAGACAACACUGUACCUGAAGUUUUGAAGGUAAAACCCCUAAAAGAGGCAAAGAUAGAGAAUACUGUGUCUGUAGAGGACCUCCAAAGAAACAGGCCAACUGUUGAGAGACUCUGCUUUAAACCCCCAACACACCCAUCAUUGAGCCCAGCCAGUCUUCGAAAAUUCAUGUCCAGAGCUUCUCAAGACUCGGACAUAUUAACUAAUGACAAAAUAGAUGAAGAUUUAAGUGGAGGCUCAACACCGACAUCCUCCCUCUCCUGUGAGAGCAGUCCCCGUCUAAAGCGCAGAGAUAGUCUGUCACUCAUACGCUCCGCCACGCCUGAGGAGCUGGCCUCCGGAGCUCGUCGUAAGAUCUUCAUGCCAAAACCUAAAGAAGAUGGAGAGGGAGCAGUGGUCGGUGCCUUGGAUACUCAAGGCAAGAAGGAGACCCCUUACAUGUCACCCAGCCAGGCACGCAGAGCAGCAUUACUACAAGCUCCCACAGGACAAAAUACCCCACCAAUGGAAAGGCGCUCUCCUCUGCUGAGCCGCAGAAAGGCCACCUUGGAGGUGCCAAAAGUUGUGGAGGAGACUCCCACUGUGGAUCCAGUCAGCAACAAAUCAGAGGAGAAACCUGCUGAAAAGAAGCUAGACCCUUUGAAAGCUCCACAGGUCAUCCGUAAGAUCCGGGGAGAGCCGUUCCCGGAUGCCUCUGGACACCUGAAGCUGUGGUGCCAGUUCUUCAACGUGCUCAGUGACUCCACCAUCAAGUGGUACAGAGAUGAGGAAGAAAUUCUAGAAGUGAAGAGAAGUGGAGGAGAUGAGAGCCAGGUAGCACUGGCUGUUGUUUUAGCAUCAAGCCAUGACUGUGGAGUAUAUGGCUGUACGAUCAAUAAUGAAUAUGGGACUGACACCACUGACUUCCUGCUCAGCGAGGACAUUCUGUCUGAGAUUCUACUAAAAGAUGACUUGGAAGUUGGAGAGGAAAUCGAGAUGACCCCACUGCUGUUCAGCAAAGGCCUGGCGGACUGUGGCAGCUGGGGAGAAAAAUAUUUUGGCCGCAUUAUGACAGAAACUGCGCAGAUUGGAGAGGGCUGCUCUCACAAGACCAGCAAAGUGAAGGUAAUUUACGGCCUGGAUCCCGUCUUUGAGUCUGGAAGCGCCUGCAUCAUCAAAGUUCAAAGCCCCAUCGCCUACGGGAACACACAGGAGAACAACCUUGCAGACAAAAAUCUACAGAUAACUAAGCAAGAAAUCAAAGUCCAAAACAUGAUGCGAGAAUACUGUAAAAUCUUUGCGGCUGAAGCAAGACUUAUUGAAAACUUUGGCUUUUCGCUAGAAGUGAUUCCUCAGUAUCUGAUGUACCGGCCUGCAAACUCUGUGCCAUAUGCCAAAUUGGAAGCUGACCUUAAAGGUGAAUUCCUCAAGUACUGCAGGAUGGAUCCUAAAGGCAGGCUGAUAACACAAACCGGCUCUGAGGUGGAGCAGAAAGGCAGCACCUUCCAGCAUUGGAUCCAUCAGUGGACACAUGGCAAUUUGCUGGUUACUCGUCUGGAGGGUGUUGAAACAAAGAUAACUAAUGUUGGAGUUGUGACCAAGUCAAAAGGAUACCAAGGACUAACAGAGCAGGGCUCUCCCGAGGUGUUCGAACAGUUCCUGACACACCAUCAGUGCAACUACUACUGUGGACUUCUCGGCCUUCGCUCACUGAAGUCUAUUGACUGUCAUUCCACAAAGAUAAAGGGCUCCAGGAGCCCCCUGCUCAACCGCAAGUUGGGCUCUAACAGCCCGCAACUGCAGCGGAAAGGAAACAGUCCUCAGCUGUCCAGAAAGCCUAGCCCAAAGGUGACUAGAAAAGUCCAGGAGACCGAGGAUAGUAAAUCAGGCGCAAAGCCCAAGCCUGCAGUAACUGUAGAUCUUCUUGAAGUGAGGUAGGAGGAAAUGCCUCUUCUUUGUCAAGCAAGAUUUUUCUUGCUUUAAAUGGUGCAGUAUUACAUUUUCUUUCCAGUAAUGAAAAACCAGUAUGGACUUAAAGGGUGAGACUAAAAGGAGUAUUGUGUUAACCUGACUUGUCAUUAAGAAUUUCUCAGCUGUCAUUACAAUUACACUAUAAGACAUCUAUCCUCCAGCUACUGGCUGUAGCUGAAAGGUUGGUAAGAAUGUCAACAGCUAAAGCAUUGUAAACUUUUACAAAAGCAAAAGAAACACUUGGUCAGAGUGGAGUUGAAGUUAGUUAUUGAAUAGUUUGAAACAGUUGCCUCAGAGUCUUAUCGGUCUUAGCGCUACGAGUGGACAAACAAUUCUCAAAGUAAUAAUUUAAUAAAAUCAUCAUUGAACAAUUAACCUGACAUAAAAGAUGAUACUAUGGAUAAUAAAACCAAAGCCACAGAGGGGGUUGAGGUAACAUAUUCAUAUUAAUGCUGCAUUUUCCUGCGAUGUACAGUAUGUAGUAGGAUCGAACAUUUAUUUUAGAGACUUUAUUUAUGGCUUGCAAUAAUAAUGCCUAUGCAGCAUUUUGGCUGUGAAAUGACGACUUUUUGAGGUCGAGGAUUUUUGUGAGCACUUUGUUUUUGGCAUAACUUUUUUGUAGUUUUUGAAUACUUUUUAUCUGCGCCUUUAAUGAGUCCUCUUUGUCAAUUUCAGUUCAUUUCAAUAUAUGCUGGUGAAUGCAAAGCAAUGAGCAGUAAGUGGCUUACCAGAAACGUCUUUAACUAUGGUAUGCUCAUUGACAUGAAAACACACGGGUGUGUUCCCAGCAUAUGGAAAGCUGCUGAAUGACUUCCACAAAGUAAUUUGGAUCCGACCUAUGGACUGUGGGAUAAAAGCACACUGAACAAAAAGAGCAGGCUCAGCACUUUCAGAAGCCUAUUAACCACUAAGUAAGGCUCCCUGAAUGAAAUCUGUAAAGUUUUACAGCAACCUGACAAUCACCUUCCACUGAACAAGAGAGCUGUGAGUAUUUCUAGUGCAGGUAUUCAAAGUUAAAGAGUAACUGUAAUCACUUGCCUUUUUCCGAUUAAUAAAGCCCUGACAUGAAAUCCUAAGGAAUUCCUAAAAGGGAUUAUCGUCAAUGAUCAAGGAGAGUUCUCAAAGCUGCCGUUAACAUCUCUGUAAUUGCAUGAUUCUUUAUCAUAUAGAAAUUUUAAAAGAGGUUGAAAUCAGGUUGAAAAAUCGAACAGAGGAUGAUGGUGAAAUCACUGUAAUGUUAGGUUGUGGUGUCUAUUAAACAAACUGUAUUGUGUUUAUGUGUACAUAAAGUUCGUGGACUGAUUAUCUGAAGUCUGAGUAAUUGAAUGAGUGAUUAAGAAGAAUAAGUGUGUUCACCACGUGUGCUGUUUGUCAUGUCAAAUCAUGUCAGCAAAUUUCUUUUUUUUAAUAAAAAUGUUUAAAAUGAAUAA